UAAAAGAUCAUAAAAGGGAAAAUAAAUUAAGCCGUAGUCCCGCGGUUUUAUUUCGGUACAAAGUCGUAACAUUUUCGUAACGCCGAAAUUUUACACCGAAGAGCCGACGGCCGCCGAAGCAUCACUUGAUGCAUGCAAACCACAAAUGUUAUCGUUCGUUGUGUUUAUGCUUUCAGUGGUGCCAGGGCUGUAUUAUAUGAUUUGCGGCGCCUUUAUGAUAAGGAAGACGAAUGAUCGGUGAAUUAAUCGUAACUAAAAAUGCCGGGAAAACUACGAAGGAAUGAGUACGACCUGGUUGAAGAAGCUUAUGACAGCAAGUCUCCCGUACACAACGAGGAUGCCUUCGAACAUGGGAUUGUCUUCAGAGUUAAGUAUAUUGGGACGAAGGAAAUUCAGAAACCAAGCAGCCGAGCUGAAAUUGUCACUUCAAUGCGACGAAUACGGUAUGAACACAAAGUUUAUGGAACCAAGAAAACACGGACAGAAUUAUCAGUGUCUGUGAGUGGAAUAAAGGUUGUUCACAAGGAAGAUGUGAAGCGUGGCUGGAUCACACACCAUAAAAAGAAAGACUUUGUGGAAACAGAAGUUAUGCAUUAUCCUAUAAACAGAAUCUUUUAUGUGUCACACGACUCUCAGGAUUUGCAGAUCUUUAGUUUUAUUUCCAAAGAUGAUGACAUUUUUAAAUGUAGUGUAUUCAAAGCAAGUAAUAAGGCAGAUGCUGUACAUAUUGUAAGGACGGUUGGUCAAGCUUUUGAGGUGUGUCAUAAGAGAACUUUAAGCCAAACGGAGGAAGAUAAUAACGUGAAGACUGAACAAAACACUCAAGAAGUUGAUGGAGCAAAAACUGAUGCACCCAUGGAGACAGAAGUGAUAAAACCUGCUGGUGGGCAGAUGAAUUUCUCGUCAGAUGUUACAGGUAUAUGGACCAGUAAGGACGGCCAGCCUGAUGCUGAUCCUGGCAUUGCACCCUUAACAAUUCAACAGUUACGUCAAAUUUAUCAACAACAGCUAGACCAUCAACGACAAGAGACACAGGCAGCCCAGGCACAGAUUAAGCUUUUAACACAGCAGCUUGAUAGUGAGGCUGCUGCAAGGCAGCUUCUACAGAGUCAAUUAGAUCAAGUGCUGAAGCAAAAUAAAGACUUGAUAGCAACAAUAACACAACUGGUUGAUCAAGUUCAGACUAUGCAGAACCAAAUGCGUGGUCAUGUUGAUUCUGGUGUUAGCCUCAGCCUUGACAUGGAUGGAAAGAUGCACUCACAAGCAUCCUUAUUUGUGGGUUCAUCUCCCGUCAAGGAUAGCAACACAUCAGGAGCGGCUGUAUCAAAGCGCCAGCUUCUUGGUGAACCAGUAUUCCCCACAAUCCCUCCUCCUGCUGUUACCCCAAGCCCAGUGAUGUCUCAUCGAAGUGAAAUGGAAGCUCUAGACGGCAGCAUUUCUUCAUUGCAGUCAAGCAGUAAAGUUGCAAGUGCAGAAUCAUUUCUCCGCAGUGGUGCAGUAGCUGAAAGCAGUCCACUUCCUACCCUUGUUGACUUGAGUGCCUCUGAUCUUGAAAUGGUUGAACCAAGGCAUGAGCCAUUCCCUCAACAGUUUCUUCAGUUUGUGUUUGACAAUUCUUCAAACUCUGAACCUGGAAGAGGUACUUCAGCCAGUAAUGGAAGUUUAACACAAUUCAGUGGAGUUAGUAGUCGAGCUAAUACAUCUUUGCCUCAAAACAACAGUGUGAAAUCACCAGUUUUAAAUGGCAACUCUUAACAUAAUAUUUUGUAGUCUCCUAGACUGAGUAUUAUUAACUUAACUCAUUAACCAAGAGUGAGGUCUUAAUGGAAAAAUGUCAAACCAAACCUUGCCAUAUUGACUGAGUGAUAACCAGGUCAAUAUGGCAAUACCAAGGUUUGAGAUUUUCCCAUAAAGACCGAAUGUUCGAGGUUAAUAAGUUAUUUAUUGCAUGGCUUUUUGCUUUUUCUUCACAGGCAUAAGUGGCCUGUGGGAAUUAUGGGAGAAUAAUGCCCUAGAGUUAGCCAAAUUAUCAGGGUGUGUGUUAUAUUGGCAACAAACACAGGCCAUAUAAUAAACGUUGAAUUGUUUUCACACACCAUGUCAUACACUUCAGGCCACUGUGCUCAAGUUUUGUUUUUCUAUACCAUGUAAACUUUACAAAAACGAAAAAACAAAAUCUUGGUUGUCAUGGUCUGUUGGAAAGACAUGAAAAACUCACUUCAAUUCCAUUCUUAUAUAUUACAGGAGCACUAUUAUGAGCAUGGCUUUCAAAAGUCAAAAUUCAGAAGACAAUGUUUGCAUCGAGGGACCUUAUUAAUAAUCUAGUUUUGUUUAAGUACAUCAAUGGUCUAAAAGGGGUGUUAUCAUGAUUUACGCAUGUAUUGAUGGCUUCAAUCUCACAUUAAUUGAGAACCUAUGGCAGAUCAAUGCUUUCAAAUUCAAAAGUCAUUUGUUUACACUCCAUUCAAAAAUUCUUGUUAAUAUUUUCACUUUGGUGUUCUAGGUGCUUUUGUGUAUGGACAAAACUAAUUGGUGACACUCAACCAAAAAUGAAGCAAAAUCAUUGUGAUAGUGCCCCAUUUGAGGGAGCUCACAAGAGAAAAACUAGGGAACUUGAUAAUUUUAAAAUUUUUCUACCGUGGUAGCAAAAAUAUUUAGGCAAGGUCAAUGUUAAUAGGAAUCCAAUUUUUAUGCACUAAUUUUGUAUUAAUAUUUUUCAAUUGAUUGUACAUAACACCUGCAGAAUCAUUGCAGUGUAUAGAAUAUAUAUAUAAUUGCUAAAAAGUUUUGCUAGUAUAUCCAUCAUUUUUAUUUUUAAGGUCUGAAUAAGUUCUAUUUGUACAGCUUACAAAAUGAUGCAAUCCAGUUUUUAUCAAUCUUUUUACAUCUAGGAAGCAUGUUUCUCACAAAUUUGUUGGAACAUUAUGAGUACUGAAUAUGUAGUGCAUAUAUAGGUGGGUAGACACUAUUUUCCCUUGAAUUAUACUUUUUACAUGUUUUCACCACAAAUGUUGAUCAUUCAGUGAUACUUUACAUUACUGAUGUGCUUCAAUACCCUUUAACUCCAAGAUUCAUUUAGCAUAAGAAUUUGUGGUUGAAACAGAACUAUCUUGACUGGCUGAUCAAAUGAAAGCUUUACAAUUUUUCCAGGGCUAAGUUAAUUCAAGAGGUUUGUUUGUUUGUUUACACUAGAAGGUCAAGGGUUGGGUUAAAUGCACUUUUUUACCACAUGAUGUACAUUCAAGAAGUACACAGCCAUUCAUGUUUUUGCAAACAUUCACUCCCUUUAUUGUUAGAUAUUAAAAUCUAGCAGCCUAGCAGUCAUUUCCUUUCUUAGAAUACCAGAGGUGUUUGGAAACAUGGGGCUCGAGAUUCAGUAAACAAAAAGAAAAUGGUGCAGGGCGGGCUUUGAGCAUUUAUGUACCUUUCACACUCUUCAAAUGGAAACAGUUGCUAGGCAGGCUGCUGCUUUGUUAAUUCCAUAAAAUAUACAACUUGACAAUGAUUGCAAAAGUAAUUCAAUUUUUAGUUUACUCAACAUAUUCAGACAUUUGUCACAGGUUUCUCAACACUUUUAUCGCAAUAUCUUACAAUAAGUUGGAAAAAAUUUAUAGCAAAGCUAGUCCUUAAAUUUUAACUUUUAAAACUAUUUUCUACUAAAAAGAGAAAAAAAAAAAGAAAAAUUGGAUUGUGCUGUAAUCUUUCAGGUAAGAAUAUUGAAAUAGUGCUAUUAAGCUUUGUUAGGGCCUCCACAGACUAAACACUAAGUUGUCAAUAACUAUUUGUUAUCAACAACUAAAUUAUUGAAAAGUAAAAAAAAAAGGUAGUGUGUGGGAGGAGUUGUCGACAACUAUACACUAGAUUUUUAGCUAUGGACAAUUAAGCGGUUUCCCUUUUCAAGAAAGGAAUCUGCUUUAGUUGCUGACAUCUACAUUGUGAAAUUUUCCCAUGUGUGGGAAUCAUUGGUUUAGUAGUUGACAACUAUCAAAACUGCAUUGUCAGUGGUUUUUUGAUGCAUAUUGUGUUUUCAGCAUGCCUAGUGAACAUUAGUUUCCAUGGUCUCACUGACCCGAUUUAGACAUUGACAACUAAAACCAUAAUCUGUGAAAUGUUCACAUAGGACACAAAUGAUAACAUUUAGUUCACCUUCACCUAACUUCUUGUGCCAGAGUGGCGCACAAGGCCUCAGAUGACAAAUAGUUGCUGACAACUAAGUGUCUAGUCUGUGGAAGCCCUUAGUAUUUAAUUGGAUCAUCUGCUGGUGCCAAGUUUGAUCACACAAUUUAAUAUAUACAUUUUUUGACACAACUUUAGCUUGUGAAAUUCCAGCGAGAGGGUAUUGAUUUUAGACAGUAGCUUACUCAAUUUGUGUGGUGCCAAAAAAUAUUCAUACCUACCCUGGCAUGGAAGGUCAUUGGAAAUUGAGGUGUGGAGUGGUCUCCAAACCUUAAAUUUUUUAAAGGAAAGGGUGAAGCAUAACUGGAAUUUCUGGAGGGGUGGGGAGGGUUCAAAAAUUGUCCAUGAGGAGGGCAUGGAUAUAUUUUGGAACAACACAUUGUAAUUUUUGGAUGGCUAAUCAAGAGCACUGCAUAAUAUAACAUAAAUGAAAAUAAACACCAAUGGAGACUGCCUGUA